ACACACACACACUCACACACUCACACACACGUGCGCUCCUUACGCACGCAGGCGGCUGACAGAGCAGCGGGAAUCCGACGCAGCUUUUACCCCCCAAAACAUUUUUUUAGACACUAUUGUUAUUGUUGGUGUGCUCCCGUCAAUCUGGUCCUGGGUGACUUGGCGGCGGACUUCCAUGAGAGGCGAUCCCCCGGGUGCGCGCGCAGUCACGCGGGGAACCAGAGAGGCGCACCCCGCGGUACCGGACUCUCCUCUGCGCGGUACCGGACUCUCCUCUGCGCGGUACCGGACUCUCCUCUCCUCUGCGCGGAUCCGGCUCACUUUGUUUUUUCUAUUUUUGGAUGUUUUUGCGCUGCUAAAAAAACCACAUUUUCUUCUUGUUUGAGCGGUGACAUGUAGUUGUCACGUGUCUAUGGAUUAUUGAUCUCAUCCAACCUUAAAGCGCAUUUUGAUCCAAAGCAAGACUGAGAAGUUGACAGGAGAUUUUUUUUGUUUUCUUUCUUUCUGCGUCGUCCAGGAUGGAUUUUGUGCGCUGCUGGCUUGGAUUGUUGCUGGCACUUUAUUGUCACGUUGCGCUGCAGGUCGGCGCUGAAGAAGCCUCCGAGUGCAGGGGCAUCUUCGACGCCAGCAAAGCGGGCUACAUCACCUCUCCAGGGUACCCUCUAGAAUACCCGCCUCACCAGAACUGCCAGUGGGUCAUCACGGCGCCGGAACCCUCGCAACGCAUCGUCCUCAACUUCAACCCGCACUUUGAGAUCGAGAGGCUGGACUGCAAGUACGACUUCAUCGAGAUCCGUGAUGGGACUUCGGAAAAUGCAGACGUCUUGGGUCGUCACUGCAGUAACAUCGCCCCAGCGCCGAUUAUCUCGUCAGGUCCCUCCCUGCAGAUACGAUUUGUGUCGGACUACGCCCACCAAGGAGCUGGCUUCUCCCUACGCUACGAAAUCUUCAAAACAGGCUCGGAGUUCUGCUUCCGCAAUUUCACCAGCAGCUCCGGGAUGAUCGAGUCGCCGGGCUUCCCCGACAAGUACCCGCACAACCUGGAGUGCUCCUACAUGAUCAUCGCGCCGGCCCACAUGGACAUCGCCCUCACCUUCUUGACCUUUGACCUGGAGAACGACCCCCUGAUGGUGGGAGAGGGGGACUGCAAAUACGACUGGUUGGACGUGUGGGACGGACUCCCGCAAGUGUCCCCGCUGAUCGGGCGGUACUGUGGUACCAAGAUCCCGCCUGAGAUCCAGUCAUCCUCGGGCCUGCUGUCCCUCUCCUUCCACACGGACAUGGCGGUGGCCAAAGACGGCUUCUCUGCUCGCUACAACAUGACGCGCAAAGAAGUCAGAGACUCGUUUCACUGCAGCAUGGCGCUCGGCAUGGAAUCGGGGAGGAUCAGCGACGAGCAGAUCAGCGCCUCCACGAGCUUCUACGACAACCGCUGGUUGCCGCGACAAGCUCGCCUCAACAACCACGACAACGCCUGGACGCCCUCCGAGGACAGCAACAAGGAAUACAUUCAGGUUGACCUCCAGUUUCUGAAGGUCCUGACGGGCAUCGCCACCCAGGGUGCCAUUUCCAAAGAGACCCAGAAGUCUUACUAUGUUACCGCGUUCAAACUGGAGGUCAGCACCAACGGGGAGGACUGGAUGAUCUAUCGGCAUGGCAAGAACCACAAGGUUUUUCACGCCAAUACGGACCCGGCCGAGGUGGUGCUGAACCGCGUACCGCAGCCUGUUUUGGCACGGUUUGUGCGUAUCCGACCGCAGACUUGGAAGAACGGCAUCGCCCUGCGCUUUGAGCUCUACGGGUGCCAGAUUACAGAUGCGCCGUGCUCCAGCCUGCAGGGCCUGCUGUCCGGCCUGCUUCCUGACGCCCAGAUCUCGGCCUCCUCCAGCAGGGACGUGGUGUGGAACCCCAGUACGGCGCGCUUGGUGGCCAGUCGCUCCGGCUGGUUCCCCUCCCCUGCACAGCCCCUUGCUGGGGAAGAGUGGCUUCAGGUGGACCUGGGUGUGCCCAAAACAGUGCGUGGAGUCAUCACCCAGGGAGCGAGGGGGGGAGAUGCAGGCAGCGGCGCAACGACAGAGAACCGCGCCUUUGUCAGGAAGUACAAAGUUGCUUACAGCCUGAAUGGAAAAGAAUGGAAUUUUGUCAUGGACAGAAAGACCAGCCUGCCCAAGAUUUUUGAGGGGAACACACACUACGACACCCCGGAGCUGCGGCAUUUCGAGGAGACGGUGGCCCAGUACGUCAGACUCUACCCUGAGCGCUGGUCUCCAGCAGGGAUCGGGAUGAGGGCGGAGAUACUGGGCUGUGACCUUCCAGAAGUCACCACACCUGCAGACACAGCCACUCCCACAGUCCCUGCAGGCGCCCAGACCACCACUUUCCCAGCGUCCACAGUGGCCACCGCACCUUCGGCAGACGGCGUGUGUGACUUUGAGCGCGGCCUGUGCGGGUGGACGCACGACCCCAGCGCCCCCCUCCUCUGGUCCUUGCACAGCCACGAGCUCAACGGUCAUCUGUACAUCGAGGCCAGCCCGAAGACCGAGCAGCAGCCAGCCCGCCUCCUGAGCCCCACCGUGGCGGCCGACACCGGGCCCAUCUGCCUCCUCUUUUCCUACCAAAUGUGGGGGGAGGCCCAGGGGCACCUGAGGGUCCUGCUGCGGGACGCCCAUAAUGAGGAUACCAUCCUGUGGACCCUGAAAGAUGACCAGGGCCCGGUCUGGAAGGAGGGCCGCACCAUCCUACCUCGCUCGCCCAAAGAAUACCAGGUGGUGAUGGAGGGCUUCUUUGCACACGGCACCCGAGGACACGUCUGGAUCGACAACAUCCACAUGAGCUCCAGUACGCCGCUGGAGGAGUGCACGCAACCCAUCAACGCCUUCUCUCCAGAUAUGACAGGGGGAGGUAUUCCCGUUGCUCCCUUCCCCAUCCACUGGUAUUACAUAAUGGCCGCCGGGGGCGCCCUCCUCCUGCUGGCGGUGGCCAUCUUGGUCAGGGCGCUGUGUUGCUGCAGACGCCACCUGGCCACCAAGAAGAGCCAGCAGUCAGUGGCGUACCACAGCUCCUCGCAAUGCUUCCAGUACUCCAACUGGUCCUCCAGUAUGGCCGCCCCCGGGGUGGAGCCGGUCUUGACAGUGAGGCUGGACAGCCGGGACCGACACCGCACCCUGUGCUGAGACCAGGGAGCGAGCAGGACGCCCCCACUUGUGAUGUCAGUCGACUGACUUUGGACCCCCGUUACUGGAUGUGGCUUUGUUUCCUUCUUCCAUCGAGGAGUUUGAUAUUGAGGACCGGAUUAUUUAUGCCCAUUGAGAGCUCUCUGGACCCCCAGAACCUAGACAGGUGGCCUGGGUGUAGCCAGGAAGAGCUGCCAAAGCACCAGCGAGAACAAGACCCCCCGAGGACGAAUGGUUUUAGAAAUGCUUGGACUUGGGCCCACUGGGGUGUCGGGAGGGACGGCGCUCACUUAUCCUUUCCAGGCGAGCAUGCGCGACACAGAAGUCACGCACUUCAAGUCCUGCAUCACUCCAGGAGAUCAGCAGAUUGCUUGAUGGACGUCCUCGUCUUCACGUUUUCUUACUCUGUCGUAAUAAAGCAUUGGCGCCGCCCACUCGUGUUCUUCUGCCAACAUCUUAAGAGUUGGCCUGAUGAAAGCCGCGGUGUUUCCACCAGGAAUGUGUGCUGCCUUGUAAAAAAAAGACGCAGCUGUCUACCUUCAUCCUUUCUUUCUUGAUGCUCGCGCCCACAAAUCUUACAGCGCCAUUAAAUCCACGUAACGUUGUUUACGGUGGUGGUACCUCGGGAUACCGCUUCAAAGGGGGACUGCACUUUUUUCUGGAACUCUGCCUAUCAUUCACAAUUAUUAUGUAAGACAAGAACACAUUUGUUCUUCUUCUUUUAUGCAUUCUAAAUAGGAAAUAAAGUCAGCUUACCAUUACUAUUCUGCCCGAGUCACACCAAAGACUAUAAAAAUGGGAGCCAUUACCUCCCUGCUUUACACUCAGCAUCAAGGGUUGGAUUUGGGGGUUAAAUCACCAAAAAUGAUUCCCGGGCGCAGCCACCGCCGCUGCUCACUGCUCCCCUCACCUCCCAGGGGGUGAUCAAGGGUGAUAGUUCAAACAGAGAAUAAUUUCGCCACACCUAGUGUGUGUGUGACGAUCAUUGCUACUUUAACUAUACAGCCCUUAAAAAACAUCCAACCACCACCAUUAAUGUUUCAUAUACAUGAUGUAAGUACACAUGUAUUGUAGGAACAUUUAUAAUAACAUUUAAUAUUUACAUACUUUGAUCAUUUUAAGCAUACGCCGCGCAUUAAUGUAAAACAACACAUCAUGACAUGCACACCGAUUAUAACUCUCUGCAGACUUCAUGAGAGCCAACAAACAUAAUCAAACAUCACUUACUGUACAAUGUCUGCUGUCAUUCGUAUGCCCACUGCUAGGAUGUUCAUAUAUUCCCAUUGAGAUGAAGAAUGAAUCAUCAUACUUGCAAAGAAACGUGGGGUGAAGCCAAGCGUGUUUUUGUGUCGUUCUAAAGUGUACUGGAAAAUCGGAAUUAGGGUUGUUUGGUAUACGGUUAGAAUAGAACCGCAAUACUAAUGAAUCAUAUUCUCUACUAUACCGCCUCUUAAAAGUACCGGUCCGGAUUGAUACCCAAAUUUGUUGUAUCAUCCAAAAUUUCAUCAUCCAGAAUAAGUGAUUAUUACAUUUUAACAAAAGUAUAGAUAGAACAUGUUUAAAGAGAAAGUAAGCAGAUAUUAACAGUAAAUGAACAAGUAGAUUAAUAAUUUUGACAAAAUGUGUAUGACACAAUAUGUUACUUCAUAUGUCAGCAGACUAAUUAGAAGCCUUUGUUUGUUUACUUACUACUAAAAGACAAGUUGUCUUCAAUCAAUCAAUCAAUCAAUGUUUAUUUAUAUAGCCCCAAAUCACAAAUGUCUCAAAGGGCUGCACAAAUCAUUACGACUACAACAUCCUCGGAAGAACCCACGUUCACUAUUUUAUUUAAGGACACAAUUGCAAUAAGAAACAUAUGUUUAAUGCACCCUAAGAUUUUUUGUUGAAGCCAAUAAUGCAAUUUUUUUGUGGUCCCUUUAUUUAGAAGAGUACUGAAAAGUAUCGAAAUUAUUUUGGUAUCGGUACAAAAAUAUUGGUAUCGGGACAACACUGAGGUGAGAAAGCAGCGUUCACCUGCCGAUGAUGUCAUCAUUGGCACAGAAGCUAGUGAUCAUGGCGCCGCUAUAAAUAGUUUGUCUGUGUUAGCCCUUAUAAUAACAUUCUCACUAAUAUGUGGUUAAUAUUCAAGUUUUUAUUGGCUUUUAUGGGUGGAAUAGACGUCUUCGUUGUAGGCAGACUUAUUUAGAAUGCAAAAAAUAUAUAUAUAUACAUACAUCCGUCGUCAUGUCUCUCAUAAUCAUUUUAAAAGACUGGCAAAAUUCCUAAAAAAGUGCAGUUUCCCUUAAAGUGGUUCUGUGACGCAGCUCGUACCUCGAAAAGCUUGUUUUGCCGACAGCGUUGUCCAAUCAAAUGAGUUCAAGUGCUUGGAGCCUCCAAAACACCACAUUUUUAUCAUUGCAAUACAACAGUAACAAUAGAGUAGAAUGUAUUUUUCGGACCAUUGGAUACAUGAGGUGCAUUAAAGGGGUCAUAGCAGGAUUAUUUUUUUUGUGGUCCACGUUACAUGUGAUGGUGGUUCUUUUGUCAAAAUGUUGCAUAGAUGAUGUUUUACACAUCAUCUUCAAGCUGCUUUCUGAUCGUCUCUUCAGGAUGCCCCGUUUUGUGCUGACAUAGUUUCAACACCUUUGCUGCUAUUUUGCAAAAAAAUCCCUGUUUAUUUCCACUGUUUUCCCUAAAACACACAUUGAGGCUAUAAACAUGAUUAAUCAAACAAAUUCGACUAUCGUAUUUUUCCGAAUAUAGCGCGCGCCGGGAUAUAAGCAACAUGAAAUUUUAGAAUAAACAUUUUUUUCCCAUAUAUUAGCCACACCGGACUAAAAGCUGCAAAUAUAUAUGCUGUGAAAUGAAUUAUUUACAUAGAAAUGUUUCGUAAAUGUUUAUUUACACACCUUAAUUGUUUCCAAACGGUGUCUGUAAAAGCAGGAAAACGGCGUAUCAAGCAAAACAGAAGCCGUUGUAGCUUUGGAAGCUAGCUCUCCAAUCAGCUAAACAGACUCAAUAACUCCACGGUGACUGUGGCGAAAAUGUCGGGGAUUCAACCCAAGGCUUCAUCCUGUUUGUGACGCCAAUUUUAUGUAGUAGAAAAGUCGGAUCUUAAACAGGAAUUAUAGAGAGUUUGUUACAGCAGUUUUAAUUACUCAUAAUCAGAUAGUACAAUGUUGGAUUGAAUCGAUAUGAAAACAAGACAGUGUCUCCGGAGACAAAGAUGGUGGACGCUCGUGAAAGGAAUUAAGAAAGAGCGCACAGCAGGCUUGGUCUUCCCUUCUUAUUAAUACGCUCCAUGAUGGCCUAAAUUGUAGCAUAACAACUUAUAUAACUGUCCGAUGUUGAAAUGUCACCCACCAACUGGGUCAGGGUGACUUGACUUCUCAUGUCGUGUCCCUCCCAAUGCAUUCAGUUUAGAGGUAAUCCUAGGACAGAAAUGUUCCACUACAUGACGUUUUUGGGGAAUUUACUGAGGAAUGUGUGAAAGUGAAACAAUACAAAAAGUAUGCCAUUUUAAGUUAAUACUAACACAUAAACUUGAAGACAAGUCAGCCAAUGCUAAAGAUGCUAGCUUGAAUACAUUAUGAUAGCGCGCACAAGUAUGCAUGACAACACUCCUACAGACAUCACACAUGGGACGCUUUCGUGAGUAAGAAUUGUUUUAGUUCAAUUGUAAAACUGACAAACCCUGCUUGGAGUGAUUAAUAAAGAAUCCUUCCAGCAGAACCGUUAUGGACGGCUUUACUUUCAGCUUGAGGCAAAACAGGAAGUACAUUUUCGACUCGCAUCACCUGCAGUUAGCGAGCUCAUCCAAAAGAUGGCGCCAUCGCAAAAAUGAUAACACACCUUUUCAGUCGUAUGCGUUGGUUUAAUGAAAACUAUUGAACACAAAUCACUACACUACAGAAAUUUGCAGGGGGGUGGAAAAAUCCAUGAAUUAGCCGCACCAUUUUAAAUAACCACAGGGUUUAAAGUGUAGGAAAAAGUAGCGGCUUAUAGUCCAGAAUUGACGGUACUCGAUUGCUAACAUAUUUGACAGCUACAGGCCGUGUUCGCUGUGACAGUUGCCAUGACAACUGAUGGCGGGGAGGCUCAGAACCCAAAUAUUUGCUGCCAAUCUAAAGCAUGAGAAGAAAAAGUGAAGAGUGGAGGUAGGACAGUCAUGGCAACUCCAGGCAGAACUUGUAGAAUUAGGUCCUGACGUUUAUUUAAUGUUGUUUUCUGGUGUUUUUUUGACCAUUGAAUUUUGCUCAUUUCUCCACCAAUAUUCACCCACACAAACACAACGUUGAACCAACAUGCUUCAAUGUCAGGUUUUGUCCUUGAUGUGACCAUUGAAAUGUCAUCAUCUCCCUAACAACAACAUGGAUCCAACGUUGGGAAGUCAACGUUGUCUCAAUUUAGAAAUACAACUAUUUUGCAAUAUUUCAGAGUCCAUUUUAAAAUAUUUGUGUGUAUAUUUCAUGUUGUAUCAACGUCUUGUGCCUCAUAUCCAAACCAAAAGCAACAAAAAGUUACUUCCUAAUAAUUAUUCAGCUUUUGAAGAAGAAAAUGAUCAUUUGUGAACACAUGGCUGGGCGAUGAUGUCACCAGUAGACAUCAGAGCAAUUUGAGCAUUAAAAAGUAUCAACCUGAUAAUAAAAGGCGGUCUUGAACUGGAUGAAAAGCUGGCUUCCCGGCAUUCUCGCAACAACAUUAAGUCAAGCUUUCUUUUGUCUCCACACGGUCACCUUCUCGCCAGCCGCUCGGCAGGACGCAAGCCGCCGCGCUAACUCCGAGUGGUCUUGGCAGAUGGCGGGCUUUUUUAAAUCCACCUGACACCUGGGGCGACGCCAGCCUUCCGAUACUUUUUAAUUAGUUAAUGGACAGAUAACAUUUAUUAAGGCUGCGGUCAGCACUUUCCCUCACAUCCGAGCGCGCCAUCACGCCAUCACGCCGCCUGCCAACUUCAGUUUCCCGGGAAACUGCGCUAAUAACGCCGUCGGCCAUAGCAGCCAUUCCGAUUGAGACGUGUGCCUUGCCAAGCAGUUACUCUCAUUGCUGCAUGCCUGCCAACCACACACACACACACACACACACACAUUCACAAAAAGUCUUCACUUACCUAAUACACUACUCUUAAACGUAAUAGUUUGGAUUAUUUUCAAAGGAGGCUUUAUUAUCCAAUGACACGUUUGCAUCUUUAAUCACUCCGAAUGAAGUCUUAUAAAGUCACUUUGCUACAUGAUGACUGUGUGUUUGACAGCAAUGUAUCAUAAUGAUAUUUCUCUAAUUAAUAAAGUCAUAUUUUUCUACAA